CAAUCAACAUUUGUUAAGGCAAUGGAUACAUUUUCCAACAACUCCAGAGGAAAUACAGGAGAUUGUACAAAUAAAUUACAAUAAAACUAGAAUUCCGGGAUUAAUAGAAUUCGUAGAUGGAACAAACGUAGCUAUAAGAGUUCCUAAUAUACACGAAGGAUUGUAUGUAAAUAGAAAAGGUUACCAUACACAGCAUGUGCAAAUUAUAUGCGAUACAAAUUUAGAAAUUAUAAAUAUAUUGGCAAGAUAUCCAGGGGCCACACACGAUUCUUUCGUUUGGAGAAAUUGUUUUAUACGGCAUUUGAUCCGAAUGCAGUAUGAGAAUGGCAAUCAUUGUUGGCUAUUCGGUGACUCUGGAUAUCCAUUGGAGCCAUGGUUGCUAACACCAUUUCCAGAAACACAGCCCGACACGCGAGAAGAACAUUUCAAUGAACGCCACAGUAGUGUGCGAAAUACUGUGGAGCGCUGCAUAGGCGUUUUAAAAAAACGAUUUAGAUGCCUUCUUCGAUAUCGCACAUUAGAAUACGCGCCAGAAAAAGCAGGCCAAAUUAUUAACGCGUGUGCAGUGUUACACAAUAUGUGCAUACAUGCUAACUUACCUGAUCCACCAGAACCUGAAGAAGCUAUUAUGGCUUUAGAAGACAAUAUUAAUGAUAUUGAAAUACAGCCUAUACCAGAAGGUAGAGCCAUCUUUAAUGAAGGACAACGUACACGCGAUCGACUUGCUGCUCGUUUGCAUAUUGGAUGA